AUGGCCGCCCACCUCUGGCUCAGCCUACACGAUGACCACCCCUACUGCAUUCCCCCUUGCCUAGAGCUGCUUCUCUGGCACUAUCCUCAGAGCCUGAUUCCUGAGGCCCUCAGGCUGCUGAGGCUGGGAAAUACCCCCAGUCCUUACUACCCUGCAUUCCCAGUUGGGGAUAUCAUAGAGCUCUGA